AGAUUAAAGUGAGUAGCACGAACCGUGUCUUUGUUGGACUGAGUUAAGGUGACUGUUGAAUAGAAUCAUGUAAGGUAAUAAACAAAUCAGCGCUGUUAAUUGACUGGCUUUUACUAAUUGUGAGAUGAUCAUCGCACGUGCUUGUGAGAUUAUUUUAUCUAGACACAUGUAUACAAGACCUGAAUCACGGUGAAGUGCACUGUACACAACUCUGUAAAAUGGCGGAGAGAGUGGAUGUGUUAAUAGUGUCUCUGGAUUUAUUUUAGUGUUCACCAUAAAAUGUUUCGUUUCAAAGUGAUUUAAUAAUGUGGAUAUAUUCAAUAUAGUGGAAUAAUGUCAUUGGAAAUCCCAUGCAGGCUAAGAAACGUUACACAACCGCAGUUUUAUGUGGUUUAUUGUUGAUAGUAUUCUUCAUAGGAUUAAAGAAGCUUCCAAGUCAUUUUAUACAAAAUGGGAGAUCCUAUUCUGUUGAAGCUGGGGCAUUUUUGUCCUUCCUCGAUUCAAGCGACUACUCGUUUGGCGAAGACCUGCAUGUGUCGCCUAGAUUGCGGCGAGAGCCGGUAUUUGGGCAAGAUUACUCGAAAUGUCGGAUGGAGACGUGUUUUGACUUCACGCGGUGCCAAGAAAAGUUUAAGGUGUAUGUUUACCCACAGGAGGAUAAAAUUUCACACAGCUACAGUAAAAUUAUCACAUCCAUACAAGAGUCAAAGUUUUACACGACGGACGAGAAAGAAGCGUGUUUAUUCAUCCUGCCUUUAGAUACGUUAGAUCGCGAUGUACUUAGCGAAGACAUGAUUCAAGAUAUUGAAUCCAAAAUUAGCAGACUACCCCAUUGGAAUAAUGGGAAAAAUCAUCUUAUUUUUAAUCUUUAUUCCGGCACUUGGCCGGACUAUGUGUUAAAUGUUGAUUUUAAUUUUGGUCAAGCCAUACUUGUUAAAGCGAGUAUGUCUACAAAUACUUUUCGUCCAAAUUUUGAUAUAUCUUUACCCCUUUUUGCCAAAGAUCACCCUCAGAAAGGUGGGGAAAGAGGACACUUGUAUACUUCCUCAAACAAUAUACCCCCAGUAAGGUACUAUUUAUUAGGAUUUAAAGGUAAACGCUAUUUGACAGGUAUCGGGUCAGAAACGAGAAAUUCUUUGUACCAUGUUCACAACCAAAAGGAUAUAAUAUUAUUGACAACAUGUAGACAUGGCAAAAAUUGGCAGAAAACAGCAAAAAAGCUCAAUGAUUCCAGAUGUGAUGCUGACAACGAAGAAUAUGACAAGUAUGACUAUAAGAAGUUGCUGUAUAACGCCACAUUCUGCCUUGUUCCUCGUGGUCGUCGACUUGGGUCUUUCAGAUUUUUAGAAGUAUUACAAGCAGGCUGCAUUCCAGUGUUGCUAAGCAACGAGUGGGAGCUUCCAUUCUCAGAAGUGAUUGACUGGAAUAAAGCAGCAAUAUGGGCAGAUGAGCGACUGCUUUUUCAGGUGCCUUCUAUUGUUCGCUCCAUAUCACACACGCAGCUCCUGGCCUUACGACAGCAGACUCAGUUUCUAUGGGAUACCUACUUCUCAUCUGUAGAGAAAAUAGUCCUCUCCACCUUAGAGAUUAUCAAGGAUAGAGUGAGUCGUCACUUGUCCCGUGACCUUGUGAUGUGGAACACACAGCCAGGGGCGACCUGGCUGCUGCCAGAAUACAACGACUCUCUGGCCUCCUUCCCGUUCUUCUAUCCACAACUCGGCAACGCUGUGGGUGAGCGCUUCACGGCCGUAAUCUACGCAACGACACCCGUGACCUUGACCUCCUCCCCGCUGUUCAAACUCAUCAGAAUGAUUGCAAAGUCUGCUUAUAUUCACAAGAUGAUUGUUAUCUGGCACUGUGAUGUUGCCCCUCCUAGCUCCAACCGAUGGCCUGCUGAUCUGGGGGUGCCCGUUCUUGUGAAAACAAGGAAUAUUAAGACGAUAGGUUCCAGGUUCUAUCCCUACCAAGAGAUUGAGACGGACGCAGUGUUCAGUUUUGACGAGGAUUGCAUUCUAACUACUGAUGAGAUUGACUUUGCCCUGAGCGUGUGGCGUGAAUUCCCAGAGAGGAUUGUGGGAUACCCAGCUAGGAGUCACCACUGGGACGAGUCUAAGAAGAGAUGGAGCUACUCUUCACGGUGGAGUAACGAAUACUCUAUGGUGUUGACUGGAGCAGCCAUCUAUCAUAGGUACUACAACUACCUGUACACAUACGGCCUGUCACCCAGACUUACAAACACUGUCGACGACGCUCAGAACUGUGAAGACAUCCUCCUAAACUUCCUCGUCAGUCAUGUGACCAAACUUCCACCAAUCAAAGUGACCCAAAGGAAACAGUAUCGGGAGGCCUUGCUUCCUAACAGCUCUAAAACUAUGCCUUGGACGGACGCUUUCCACUUCGCUCAACGCCAAAUCUGCAUUGACACUUUUGCAAACAUUUUCGGCUACAUGCCACUGAUUCGCUCCAAGACCAGAAUGGACCCUAUACUUUUUAAAGACCCGGUAUCAAAUUUGCGGAAAAAGUACAAACAGAUAGAACUUGUGAAUACUUGACAGAAGGCUACUCUGUAGUGGGGCUAGGUUACUGCUCAAACUGUUAACAGCUUUAUAUAGCAAUCCUUAGAUUUAGCCCGACAUUUACAUUUAUAUACAUAAAUAAUGCAACAUAUAAAGGUUAUAUCUGUUUCAAUCAAAGAAUUGGGUAUGAUACAAGUGGUGCAGAUAUAUGUCCUGGGAUGUGACAUUGCUGCAGACACUUAGCUUAAUCAGGGAUAAUAGGAGUCAACCUGUAAACUUACAGAAAACUUGCAGUUUACACUCCUAUGCCAAUGGCCCAUAGUUUUAUAGCUUUAAAACUUUGUCUAAUACACUACAAUAUCCUUUUUUAAUGUUUUUUAUCAGAAACUAUGUAGUCGUAAUUACAUGUAUUUACAAUAGGCUAACAAAAAGGUUUAAGCCAAAGAAUGUAAGUUGGAAAAGUAUUUCUCUUGCACUUGCUUAAAAUUUAACUUCAAAUUUGUUAACUAAUUUGUGUUAUUUAUGAUGUGUACGGUACUUCAUUCAAAAAAUAAACAAAAUAUUUCCCCUCUUUUACUUUAUGCAUGUCAAGGUCUGUUGGUUUACUUAUGUCUUAUAGUUUUCAUUCACUUUCUGCAGCUGUAGCCCUUGAAUUAUUUAAAGUUUCUGCAGUUGUGGCCCUACAAUUGUUUAAGUUUCUACAGUUGUGGCCCUUGCAUUAUUUAAGUUUCUGCAGUUGUGGACCUUAAAUUAUUUUAAGUUUAUGCAGCUGUAUUUCUUGAAUUAUUUAAAGUUUCUGCAGUUGUGGCCCUUGAAUUAUUUGAGUUUCUGCAGGUGUGGCCCUUGAAUUAGUUUAAGUUUCUGCAGUAGUGGCCCUUGAAUUAUUUAAAGUUUUUGCAGUUGUGGCCCUUGAAUUAUUUCAGUUAUCUGCAGUUGUGGCCCUUGAAGUUUCUGCAGUUUCAGAAGCAUUUUAAAGAUUGCUUUUAAUCUUAGCCUAAAGGGGUCGUGACUGUUUUAUUUUAAAUACAGCUCUUGUUUGAUUUUGAGACAAGUCUGUGAUGUAGUUUUUUAAUGUAGAGAAUGUUAUAUAGUCGAUGUUUGCAUUAAUAAUUAGUGCGAAUGAUGGUACAUAUGUACAUACAUGUACACACAAUAAUGAAUUGUGCACACAACCGAACAAUGAACAAUUUAAUAUUUUAGGUACCUGAUUUUGAAUGUGUUUUAUUUGUACAUACAUGUUUUACAUGAGAGCUUUCAAAUGUGGCUUUAUGUUCAAUGUACCCAGUACUUAUGUGUGCAUCAUUAACAGUAACUGUUGUACAUUGUGUCUACAAUGCAGGUUGUAGAUAACCAGGUUGUAGACCAAAAGGUAUAUUGUCCAGGUUGCAUCAUCAUUAUUGUUUAUUUCCAUAAACUUACAUUUGCUUACAAAAAUAUUUUACUACUAAAAUAUGUACCAAAACUCAGUCGUGCAGAGAAUGUAAGUGUAUUUUAAAGUAUGUAUGCAACCAUUAUUUUAUUUUUAUUUUUGGCUCCUGAAUGCUGUGUAUUUUUUUCUGUGUCCUUGUGAGUGAAUGAGUACUGUGUAUAACACAUGCGUGAUUGGCCAAUUAUUAUUGUAUUUUAAGAUUAAAUCUACUGGUACUUUAAUUUAUAUUUUAAUUAUAUGGUCGCCAUGACUACAACAAUUCUUAAUCUCAGACUUAGUCUAUCUUAACAAAUAGACAAAUGAGAAUGGUUUUUACUUUUUAGAAUUUAUAUUCACUGGUUGACAAUUUUUUUAAUUUUGAAUUCUGACCACUGUUACAUCUUAGUAUUGAUUUCCAUUGUUGGAAUGAUUCGAAGUAAAAUAUUGACUUACGAGAACGCAUGUAACAUUUUAAGAAUUAAUUUCCAUUGGUGGAAUGUUUCAAAGUAAAAAAUUGACCAAUGAGAACGCAUGUAACAUUUUUAGAAUUGAUUUCAUUGGUUGAAUUUACCAGAUUAUGACUAAGACUGAGCAUAACAAUGUUCAUAGUCAUGUGGUGUCGUGUAAGAGAGAUGCUAUUAACAAACUUUGUAUAUUUUAUGUAUUUUAAAUUAUUUGCUUAUUCAAACUUUUGUUUGCAAUCAUAAUGAAAAAGUUAUAAAUGAUGAAAGCAAUGAACAAUGUCAUUCAUCUUCAUUGCAUGUUUUUAUCAAAUAUGUAUAGAAACAAUAAAUUGUAAAAAUAUUGUAUAAGUAUAUUUGCGUUGUAUCUUGGCAUUUAAAGCGUGGUAUGACCUAUAACUACAGAAAUUUCUAUUUGUUACUCGUCUUAAAAUAUCAUGCUUCAUUCAUUGAUAAUAACGUCCUUCAUUCAUUCUUAGUUUCUAUAUGUUUGCAAAUAAUAUUUUCACUGUUAUAGGUGUGUACCACAAAUUAUACUCAAUGUUUUGAGCUGAGCUGUGGGAAAACAGGGCUUAAUGCAUGUGGGUAAAGUAUUGUUCCAGAUUAGCCUGAACAUGCCACACAGGCUAACAAGGGAAGACUUUUUCUGCUUUAAUGGAUUUGUUUGUUUCAAGGAAGUCUCUUCUAAACAAAAAGCCAGUUAAGGCUGAAAGUGUCGCACUGUACAGACUUUAUAACCCUUUGCAUGCUGGGAAAUUUGUCGUCUGCUAAAACGUAGUCUGCUUAAUUUCUUAAAUAAGCAUUUUCUUCGAUUUUUUUUCAAAGAAUACUAUCAGAAUAGCAAACAGUUUGGAUCCAGAUGAAACGCCACGUUCUGUGGCGUCUCAUCUGGAUCCAAACUGUUUGCAAAGGCCUUCAAAAUUCGGUUCCCGCACUGAAAGAGAUAAUCUGGGACCACACUGGACACACAUGCAUUAAGCCCCAUUUUCCAAGAAUAAUGCUCAUUAAAAGUUUAUGAAACGUAAAAUAAUAGCAUUACCAGAAGGUAAAUCAUCAAAAAAGGUAUAAGGGUUCUGCUAGGGGGGUAUAGAUUGAUGGAAAACAGUUAGUUGAAAUGUAUAACAGUAAUUUAUUGAAAGUCCAAGAAAUUGAUGAGGAAUUGUUCAAAUAGUGUUUUAUUCUGUUUCAAUAUAACGAGUCCAAAAAUAUAUGUAAAUCUAUAGAUGGAUUAAAGUUUUAAGCAUAUAUAUAAACACGGAAUCCAGUCCUUUAAAAGGUUGUCCAACAUAAAUUAAACCAAAAACUAAGUGUUCUGUAUUUGUAAAAUCUUGAUUUCAGUAUUUUAACAUUUCUUUUACCCAUACAUACUGAAAUUCAAAAGACAGUCCUUCUGAAAAAUGAUUGCCCAGGAUGUUGCAAAGCCCAGUGGGACACUAGCAAGGACAAGAGUACCUUGCUAUUUUCCUUACAGAUAAUUAUUGGCCUUAUUAACCCGGCAAAAAGGCGGAGAGAGAUCAAUUUUGGUGUUGUCGGUCAAGGUGUACAGAUAAAUUAGAAGAAGUGCCACGUACAAGAACGAAAACGCUACACUUUCUUAAAUAAGAGUUAUUGCCUUUUGUUGCUUUUGUAUGAUGUAACAUUUUAAGAUACUAAACACGAUUUCAAAAUGAAACUUAUUGGCUGUAUAGAUAGUUAGAAAAGGCACAAACCUACAAAUAACCUUUUCUUUUAGUUCUGCAUUCAUCAAUCUACAUAAUAUAUUUAGCAGAAAAUAUCAAUUCAACGCAUUUGCUUGCCUUAAAGGGGCCUUUUCACAGAUUUUGGCAUUUUUUAACUUAUUCAUUAAAUGCUUUAUAUUGAUAAAUGUAAACAUUGGAUCGUAAAAGCUCCAGUAAAAAAUCAAGAAUAAAAUUAAAAAAAGGAAAAGAACAUUGCCCGGACCAGGUUUCGAACCAGUGACCCCUGGAGUCCUGCCAGAGUCCUGAAGUAAAAACGCUUUAGCCUACUGAGCUAUUCCGCCGAGUACAUAUUCAUGAAGUAUUUUAUACCUUAUAUAAGCAAUCUUCGUAGUUUCACAAAAUUUAACGACAAAAACAGAACUCUCCAAAUUAUUCAAUCGUUUCGCGUUGCAACGCUUUAUAAUUUUUAGGUUUUAAAAUCGUCAAAAGAUGCAUAUAAUGGCUAUAUUAGACCAUGGUAAAUGUUCAGUAUUACUGUUUCCUCACAAAUAUCAUAACUAACACGAAAAUUUGCGAAUCUGAAACAACUUUUUUCAAUUUUGUCAAUUUACCAAAGCGUGAAAAGAUCCCUUUAAAUGUUUUUGUUGUUGUCUUUAUACAAUAAUACACUAGUGUUAAUGCCAUAUUUAUCAUUUGAUCUUCCUCUUUUGUCUUUUAUGCAACACAGAUAUGUUAAAAGCCAUGUCAUAAUUUUUUCUUGAUUACAAACAGAUUUAUACAUAUUAAACUGCUUCAAGUCUUUUGGAAAUUGCAUAUUGACAUAUCCAAAACAGAGUGUUUUUUUCCAAAUUCCAAGUUGUAUUAAUUAUGUAACUUAAACCAUGACAGUGCAAGAAAUGUACAACAAAUGUUGUAGUAAAAAACAUACUUCAGUAAUGUAAGAAUGUUUUAAUUUCCAGCUAAUUUGAAGCAAUAUUUGUUUUUAAAUAUGUGUUAUGAAGUUACAUUUAAAACUGUGGAUUUGUAUGCUUGCUGUAAUUAACUGUUACUGUUAGUCUGUUACAUUUGUUCUAUGAAUAUGGUUUCAAGAUGCAUAAUUCAGAUGAUACUGUGUGUAUUUUAUAGACUGCUAUUGGUUGUAUUUUGUAUAUGAGAAUGAAAUGUACUAAGUUUACCUUAUCUUGAUCAAAUUAAACUGCUAUAAGCAAAGAGUU